AAAAGUUUCAGUUUUCCCCUUCUUCCCUUUCAUCGUUCGAUCUACACUCUCUCUCUCUCGCUCAUUAUAUUUCUCUGGACAGCGAUCCCAAAAGUGGAGCUUCCAGACACUAGUCGGGAGUAAAACAUGGCUCUGGCUUUCGAUGAGUACGGAAGGCCAUUCAUAAUCAUCAAGGAGCAAGAGCAGAAGUCGAGGUUGAGAGGUCUCGAUGCUCAGAAAGCCAAUAUUUCCGCUGGAAAGGCGAUUGCUCGCAUCCUUCGUACUUCCCUUGGUCCCAAGGGCAUGGACAAGAUGCUUCAAAGUCCAGACGGAGAAGUCACCAUUACAAACGAUGGUGCAACUAUAUUGGAACAGAUGGACGUUGACAAUCAAAUUGCAAAGCUUAUGGUUGAAUUGUCCAGAAGUCAAGACUAUGAAAUUGGUGAUGGAACUACUGGAGUUGUUGUGAUGGCAGGUGCACUUCUUGAACAGGCUGAGAAGCUCCUAGAGCGUGGUAUUCAUCCUAUCAGGGUGGCAGAGGGCUAUGAAAUGGCUUCUAGAGUUGCUGUUGAACAUCUUGAACACAUAUCUCAUAAAUUUGAUUUUAGUGCAACUAGCCUAGAAUCUCUUAUUGGACCAUGCAUGACCACACUGUCAUCCAAGAUUGUGAAUAGAUGCAAACGAAGUUUGGCUGAGAUUGCUGUUAAGGCAGUUAUGGCUGUGGCAGAUUUGGAAAGGAAGGAUGUUAACCUGGACCUGAUCAAAGUGGAGGGAAAGGUAGGUGGGAAGUUGGAGGAUACAGAGUUGAUUUAUGGAAUCACCGUCGAUAAGGAUAUGAGCCACCCUCAGAUGCCUAAGGUAAUCCAAGAUGCCCAUAUUGCUAUUCUAACUUGCCCGUUUGAGCCACCGAAGCCAAAGACCAAGCAUAAGGUUGACAUUGACACUGUUGAAAAGUUCCAAACUUUACGUAAACAAGAGCAGCAAUAUUUUGAUGAAAUGGUCCAGAAGUGUAAGGAUGUUGGUGCUACUUUAGUGAUAUGCCAAUGGGGUUUUGAUGAUGAAGCAAAUCAUCUACUGAUGCACAGAAAUCUGCCUGCUGUUCGUUGGGUAGGUGGUGUUGAGCUGGAGCUCAUAGCCAUAGCCACUGGGGGAAGAAUUGUCCCAAGGUUUCAGGAGCUGACAACAGAGAAGCUUGGAAAGGCUGGACUGGUGCGAGAAAGAUCAUUUGGCACAACAAAAGACAGGAUGCUUUACAUUGAACACUGUGCAAACUCAAGGGCCGUCACAAUAUUCAUUCGUGGUGGUAACAAGAUGAUGAUAGAAGAGACUAAACGCAGUAUUCAUGAUGCUUUGUGUGUGGCUAGAAAUCUUAUUCGCAACAACUCUAUUGUGUACGGUGGUGGUGCUGCUGAAAUUUCUUGCUCGAUUGCUGUGGAGGCUGCUGCUGAUAAGUAUCCAGGAGUAGAGCAAUAUGCUGUGAGGGCAUUUGCAGAUGCCUUGGAUGCCAUUCCAAUGGCACUUGCAGAAAAUAGUGGUCUUCAACCUAUUGAAACCUUAUCUGCUGUCAAGUCUCAGCAAAUUAAGGACAACAAUCCUUGCUGUGGAAUAGACUGCAAUGAUGUGGGAACAAAUGACAUGCGCGAGCAAAAUGUUUUUGAGACAUUGAUCGGUAAGCAGCAGCAAAUCUUGCUGGCAACUCAGGUUGUGAAGAUGAUCCUAAAGAUCGAUGAUGUCAUUUCCCCAUCCGAAUACUGAAAACCCAGGUUGCUGUGAAUUUUGAUGGUGAUGUCUGAAACUAAUAUUUGCUCGCACUUGAAAUUUUGUUCUUGUUUUCUUUAACUUCCCAUUUCGUUGUAUUUGCUAGUUUUAUUAUGUAUGGAUUAUUGAAUUGCCAACUUCUUGUAAGUUGAGGUUUUAGAAAAUGAUUUCUUACUAUUUAUGUUGAGGUUUUGGAACAGAUGGAUUGAGUUUGCUAGUA